AUGUCCCGCGGCGGACGGGGAGGCAGCUUCGGCAGUGGCCGCCGCAACAAAAACGCCCCGGAGAUAGAAGACUACGACCUUGACGACGACGAGGAGAACCUCUCCUCGCGGCAAAAGAAGCCGCAGCCUCUCUUUCCAAACAUAUCUCUCCCCGUCCCACGCCCGCCCUCCACGCGCGAACUCGCCGCCGUAUCCCGCCACCUUGCCUUCCGCACCCGCGUGCGCAACGGGCCUUACUUCGCGACCCUCGACCCGAGUAGCGUGGCCGACCCGACGACAGGGCGGACGCUCAAGCGCGCGGGGUUCGACCCGUUCACGGACCAGGAGACGUACUCGAGCAGGAACUACAAGAAGAAGCGCGCGGUGCCGGACUUGAAGGGCGCGGGGAGGGAAUACGCACUGAAAUACUUCCCCCAAGAACUCUGGUCGACGCUGGACCCCGCGCGCAAGCACCCGCUCUGGAAGACCGUCGACCAUGAGGACGACACCAGCGUCUCCGCCUCACGGCACCACUCACGCAAGCGCAAGCGCGACACUGCCGCCACGGCCCUCGCGGCGCUAGACGAUGCCGAGGAGGACGAGGACACGGCGAAGAAAGACGGGGACGCGCCCUCGGAAGGCGAGCAGACGGCCGGCUCCGACUCCGACGCACUGAUACCUUCAGGUAGGGGCGCGAGGCGGAAAGAGAGGAAGCAGGGUGAUCGCACGGGCAACGCGCGGGGUGAGAAGCGCGGCCUAGACGCCGAAGACGACUUCGAGCCGCCGACGAAGAAAAAAGGCCCGUCGCCGCCGUCGACGAUGCGGGCCAAGGAGAAGAAGCGGCGCAAGGCGGAGGCUCGGGCUGCGGGGACCAAAGUCGACGAUACGGACGACGAUGAUGAGGACGUCGACGCGGCUGAGAACGCGGAUGGUGAGGAGGAUAUCGGCGACGAGGACGAGGACGACGAUGACGAAGAGCCCGUGGAUUCGGACUUUGAGGAGAGCGACGAGGGGGAUGGGGACGAUUAUAAUGCCGAGAAUUAUUUCGAUGAUGGGGAUCGCGACGAUGACGAUGGGCUCGGGUUUGGAGGGGGAGGAGGAGACGAGGGCGGAGAGUUCUAG